AUGGAAGAACACUACUUGAAAUUGAAGCUUCCAGCAGGUGCUGUGAUAUUUUCUAAGGUGCUAGGCCAUUUCUCUAGGGUGCUAGAAAUGGGGCUGAGUUUGGUGCUCCCAAGCAGCCUAAAACUUCCACUUCUUAGACCAUCAAUGGACCUCAUGAACACUCAUAACCAUCUAUACCACAACCCACUUAGCAAGACCCAGACAUUUGCGUGA